UAAAGCCUUAAGCUUCACGUAGCGCUCAUCUCCUCCGUGGCAUCCUUGUUUCUUCUCAAAUGUGCGAUUUACGGCAGGAACGGCAGAGGAUGCUAAGGCCUAUUUCAUGUUAACUGCACACGUUAAUAUGAGGAUUAAGAGAUAAAAUAACGACUUGUUAAAGUCCCAGUUAAGUUAAUUGAAAGUGGAGUGACAAUGUUUGCUGUUGGCUGAAGUCCACUCUAAGAGCAAAAAUGAAGAGGAGGCUUCUUCAUGGUUUCCUGUCGGAAAUGUCCAUCCGGAUGGCGCUGUUUAUCGUUUUCCUUGUGACGGAGCAGCUUCCUCCUUUCUACCGUGAGAUCCAGCCAGAGGAGAUGUGGUUGUAUAAAUACCAUCGUGUGGAGAGAGACCAUGUUCCCACUUUUCUUAUGUUUAGUGUGGCGGUUUUCACCCCGCUGAUUGUGAUCCUGGUUUUCACCUUCCUGAUGAAGUCGGAGCGGGGAGAUCUAAAAGAAGCCUCGCUGGCUGUGACUUUGACUCUGGUGCUGAACGGAGUUUUCACCAACGUCAUCAAACUUGUUGUUGGCAGGCCACGACCAGACUUCUUCUAUCGCUGUUUCCCAGACGGUCAGAUGAAUCUGGAGUUGCGCUGCAGCGGUGACCCAGAUGUAGUCAUGGAGGGCAGGAAGAGCUUUCCCAGCGGGCACUCUUCCUUUGCCUUUGCAGGUUUGGGUUUCACAGCGCUGUACAUCGCAGGAAAGCUGCGCUGCUUCAGUGCAGCAGGCCGAGGCAGAGCGUGGCGGCUGUGUGCCUUUCUCACACCUUUACUCAUUGCCACUGUGAUCGCCCUCUCCAGAACCUGCGACUACAAACACCACUGGCAAGAUGUAUUGGUGGGUUCUCUGCUGGGCCUCUCCUUUGCCUGGAUGUGUUACAGACAACAUUACCCUCCUCUUCAGGACGCUGAGUGCCACAGACCUCUGCGUCACAGAGAGACUGUUCCCGCCGCACAGGAGCGCAAACUGGCCAACUCCAACUACAUCCUGCCCCUGUAGAACAGCAAUCUGUUCUGUAUCUGUUACUGGUGUCAUUCAUACUGGGUUACAUGGUAAUCCUUCAAAUUCCAAUUUUCACACCCAUAGGGCUGGGCAGUCAAUGUUUAUUGUUUAUUGUCAACCAUUGUAACUGUAUUGUGGGAUUUUUUUUUUGUAGGGUAAGACAUAGUGUAUUUUCUAAACUAAAAAGACUUAUGCCACAUU